AUGGAUCAGCAACAGACUCUUCCAGUGACCCUGCCCUCUGCCCUCAGCCAAGAGCCCCUUAAGCCUGUUUGCCUUCCUACUGAUACCCAACACGAACAAGAGAAACAGCCAACUCCACUGCCUACCCCAUGCCAGACAGUGCUCUCUGAGACCCCCACGGAGGUCACCGUUCAGUGUGGGGAAAAGCACAUAACUCUGGAGAAAGAGGUGCCUGAGCAGGAAUGUGAGCUACAGCAAGGUGACCUGCAGCAUCGGGAAGAGCAUUCAGGUCAGCAGUGGCAGGAACAAGAGUCACAGCAGCAGGAAGAGUGCCUGGAACAACCACAGGAACAAGAGUCACAGCAGCUAGAAGAGUGCCGGGAACAGCCGCAGGAACAAGAGUCACAGCAGCAGGAAGAGUGUCUGGAACAGCCACAGCAGCAAGAGUCACAGCAGCUAGAAGAGUGCCGGGAACAGCCGCAGGAACAAGAGUCACAGCAGCGGGAAGAGUGUCUGGAACAGCCACAGCAGCAAGAGUCACAGCAGCUAGAAGAGUGCCGGAAACAGCCGCAGGAAGAAGAGUCACAGAAGCGGGAAGAGUGUCUGGAACAGCCACAGCAGCAAGACUUACAGAAGCAGGAAGAGCACCUGGAAGAGCAGCAACUGCAAGACUCGCAGGAGCAGGAACGGAGCCUAGAACAGCAGCAGCUGCUGCAGCAAAAAGCAUCACAGGAGCUGGAACCACAGCACCAGGAACUAACGGAACAGGAACCAGAGCAUCCCGAACACAAGCAGCACGGGGAGCAUCAGGAGGCAGGAAGCUUGGAGCAGCAGCUGGAACACAAAGGAGCACAAAAGGAAGCACAGCGACAGGAGAACUGGGAAGAGAAGAAGAUUCUGGAAGAGCAAAUAGAUGGUGAAUUAACAGAGAAAGAUGAGUGCCUAGAAAAGAGAGAACAGCUGGAGCACCCAGAGGAGCAGCUAAAGGAGCAAAAAAAGCAGCUGGUAGAGCAGCAGGACGAGCAACUGGAGCAGCAUGUGUCUGUCCAGGUUCUGGACCCAUCCCAAGAAACCCAGGCCGUGCAAAAGCCCAGAGAAGGCCUCUCGCCACCUACAGAUCAGCAGCAGCAGAAACAAGAGAUGGAGUGGCCCCCCAGACAUGUGUAA